AUGACGCAAGCCGACCAGGUCGCCCAGUCCUCUCAGCAGGCGCUCGUCGACGCCCGAAUCCAGAAUGUCAUCGACAACCUCCCUGCGAUCAACCGCAAGCUGGGCGAGGCCGAUCCUCGCGAGAUCAUCGAGUGGGCCAUUGACAACCUGCCGGGCCUCUACCAGACCACCGCCUUUGGCCUCACUGGCUGCAUCACCGUCGACAUGAUCUCGCGGAUCAGUGCCGAGCGCGCGGCCAAGGCGGGGCAACCACCCAAGCACCUGGUGCCCCUCAUCUUUGUCGACACCCUCUACCACUUCCCGCAGACGCUCGACCUCGCCGCCAAGCUCGCACGACACUACGACGCCGAGAUGCACACCUACUACCCGCCCGGCACCCGCACCGUCAACGAGUUUGAGACCAAGUGGGGGCCCAUGCUGUGGGAGCGCGACGAAGACACCUACGACUACCUUGUCAAGGUCGAGCCGGCGCGACGCGCCUACGAGGAGAUGGGCGUCCGCGCAGUCUUCACCGGCCGCCGGCGGUCGCAGGGUGCCGAUCGCGCCUCGCUCAACGCCGUCGAGGUCGACGAGACGGGCCUGAUCAAGGUCAACGCCCUCAUGAACUGGUCCUUUGCCCAGGUGGACGGCUACGCCAAGCUCAACGCCGUGCCCUACAACGAGCUCCUCGACCUCGGGUACAAGUCGAUCGGCGACUGGCACUCGACGGCGCUUCCCGGCGUCGGCGACAGCGAGCGCUCGGGCCGCUGGAAGGACAAGGGGGGCAAGACCGAGUGCGGCCUGCACAAGGAUUACUUCAAGAUGAAGAACCUGGCCGAGAAGAAGCUGCGCGAGGCCGAGCUCGCCCGCAAGGACGAGGCCAAGGACAAGGAGCUCGAAGCCGCCGCAGUCGCAGCACCUCAAGAUAUCACGGCGACCUCCGCGGCUCAGCAAUCCGCCGCCGUGGCCUCCUCAUAG